AUGGCUGAUGUGUUAAAAAUCUCAAAAAUUCCAAUUUUUACAAAAAAGGAAAAGGAAUUUAGUGACUUACAAAAGAGUAAGGAAGCAAAUGAAAAAAUUUUAAAUAAAGAGAAUGAUAGGUUUACGUUGCAUCCAAUUUUGUAUCCAGACGUAUGGGACUUUUAUAAAAAAGCAGAAGCUUCAUUUUGGACAGCAGAAGAGAUAGAUUUAUCAAGCGAUUUGAAAGAUUUUGAAAAAUUAAAUGAAAAUGAAAAACAUUUUAUAAAACAUGUGUUAGCAUUUUUUGCAGCAAGUGAUGGAAUAGUUUUAGAAAAUUUGGCUAGUAAAUUUUUAAGAGAAGUUCAAAUAACGGAAGCUAAGAAAUUUUAUUCUUUUCAAAUAGCAGUGGAGAAUAUUCAUUCAGAAACUUACAGUUUGUUGAUUGAUAAUUAUAUAAAGGAUGAAAAGGAGCGAUUAAAUUUAUUUCACGCAAUAGAAAAUAUACCAGCUGUUAAAAAUAAAGCUUUGUGGGCUGCCAAAUGGAUUAAUAAUACCAAUUCUUUUGCAGAACGGAUAGUAGCAAAUGCAUGUGUAGAAGGUAUAUUGUUUAGUGGUAGUUUUUGUGCUAUUUUCUGGUUUAAAAAACAAAAUAAAUUACAUGGGCUAACUUUUAGUAAUGAAUUAAUUAGUAGAGAUGAAGGAUUACAUACAGACUUUAACUGUUUAAUAUAUAGUCUGCUGGAAAAUAAAUUACCAGAAGAAAUUGUUCAGAAUAUUGUAAAAGAAGCAGUAGAAGUAGAACGAUCAUUUAUAUGUGAAUCUUUACCUUGUGACUUGAUAGGAAUGAAUUCAAGAUUAAUGUCACAAUACAUUGAAUUUGUGGCUGAUAGAUUGUUAGAAUGUUUAGGAUGCUCAAAAGUCUUUUAUUCAAAAAAUCCUUUUAAUUGGAUGGAUUUGAUAUCUCUUCAAGGAAAAACAAAUUUUUUCGAAAAAAGAGUUGCCGAUUAUCAGAAAUCGGGUGUAAUGGCACAGAGAAAAGAUCAAGUGUUUUCUCUCAACACCGAUUUUUGA